UGGGGGGCUGCCGGUGGGUGCAUCUGGUACUGAAAAGGUUUAAGAUUACCCCUGAGUCCCGUCAGCUGAAGUACAGAAUUCUUAAAAUGUUUGACAGCGUCACUCAUGUCAAAUAUGUGCAUGACGUGUAAUGUUAUGGAAAAAAUGGAUAAGGGGGCAGGUGCUGAAGGUAACGAUGAAAACCUGUUCCAUCUGUUGGCACACGCACAGUUGUUGUGGACAGUCACUGAUGAGGGAAAAGUGGCCAUCCGUGACCAAAAGCCUUCCCCAGUUUCGGAGGCUGCAGACAUUGCUGAUGAGUCAAGGGCUCAUGGGGGCACAAACCCCAGGGGAAGGGAAAUCCUCUUGUUCCCCAGGUUAAGAAGAAGGAGGGUCUAGGAAUAAACCUAAUCCCAACUUUCUUAAACAACCUUAAGGGAGCUUGGAUUUUAAAACCCCUUGCCCUAAGGGGAGGCAGGCAGCCUGCCCUCACUGUCAGGCUCCUGGCCAUAUCAAACCAAAUUGCCCCAAACUUAAGGUCGCCCCACAAUCUGCACCCACAGCCUCCCCCCCAUGAGUCCCAAGGCUACCACUGUGAUCCCAGAGGAAAUUGUAAAGGAGGAGAAUGGCCUCAUAAACUAUAUUAGGACUGAGUCUUGGGAAGGUAGUGAAGAAUUUAAGAGUGCUGGAGUGAAUAGCACUGAAUGUUCAGGCUGGAGUGAUGUGGCAUCGCAAGUCACUUUGGUUAAGGAAAGUUUGGUAGGGGAAAAGGACAGACUUCCUGGCGAAAGUUGAAAUAUUCCAGCUUUGGAUGAAUUUUCUGUGAUUGUGCCCCUAGCUAACGUUCGCCCUGAGUGGGCAGAUUUUAAGGGGCUGUUAAUCGUAGGCAUCAGAAAUUUGCUGCCCGCUGAUGUUUUAAUUGGUAAUAACAUUUCAGCCAGGUCUAAGCAGCCUAAUAUCAUAACGCAACCAGAGAGAGUAUGGCUCUGAUUCUCCUGCUUUGGCUGUGGACAGCAGGGAAAGCGGCAAAGGGGGGAGAGGAGCAGGAGGGCGAUGGCUUCAACCCUAUGUCUGUUGAGAGUGGUAGUUUGGCUUCUGAGGAGGAAUUUGAGGAUUUUUGUGCAGUGCCAGAGUCUGCUCUAACCCUAGGUAAGGCUCAAAAGGAGUUUGUGAUUGCAGCAAGAUAGACCUAGUGUCUAGGGGGACUAUCUGGGACUCCGUUAUAAGACUAUUGUAGUACUUUGGUACUGUGCGGUCAUGGUCGUGGUCAUGACUCACUCCAGACAAAGGGGAAACAAGGUUGGGUUCUAAGAAUGACCAGAUUCAGCUUUCUGCAGAAAUUAAGUCAGAGUUCUCCAAACUCUGGGGAAAGGGUGAAUUGCACAUCUUCACGGGCAGGUUUAAAUUCCGCAGCUCUGUCCAAGGCUGUCAGUUCAUCCCAGCCAUCCAGGGAAACAGUCCAGGGCCAGAGCUCUCCAGCCGAGGAGAAACCUCCCAGAAUCAUGAACAGCCUGACCACAGCUCUUCUGGUGAUUUUCCUUCUAGGGCUUUCCCUUCAGCGCACCCAUGCAGCUCCACGAGGUAUCCCGGAAGACACAACCUGCUGCGCAAGCGUCACGAAGGGACCUAUUCGUUUUGUUAACCUGAGGAGUUUCUACAGGACCUCUCCGGGGUGUAGGAGACCUGCUGUGGUGUUUGUGACUCUCCACAACAGGGAAGUCUGUGCUGAUCCAGAGGCCAAGUGGGUACAAACUGCAAUCCAGCGCCUGAGGAAAAAGAAGUAACUUCAAACAGCUGCCCCUGUACUCCCAGGGGCCCGCUGGCCCUGCUCUAUUUAUGUAAAAUACCCGUGACUGUUAUAUAUAUUAAAUCUUUAGUUUUUUGGAA